AUGCUCUCCUCUGGGACCCCUUUGCAUGGCGUGGAGUGGCCGCCCAGUUUGCUCUUCACCGUCAAGCGGCACCUCGACCACGUAGAGGAUGCGGUGAGGCCUAGUAUUCCGCCGAUGCCAUCGUCGGCGCCGACCAUCUACGACUUCUUCGAGGCGCACCAUGACGCAAUUGGAGGGGAAAUGCUACGCAGCGGGUUUGAUGCCGCGAUAACGGAGUGCUGCACUGCCUUUCUCAUGGGUGUGCUGGAGCAGUCUUGCUCCUUGUCGUUUCUGCUGUCGCGGGAGCGGCGCAUCAUCGCCAUGACAGUGCGCCAGGUAGAGAAGCGCUUGCUGAGUAAGGGACGCUCGAAUGUGAUGGACUCCAAGCGACGCCGCCUGGAUGAGAAGGCGGCAAGCGAGCCGCGGUACGCCCGGGUACUGACGCUCGAGUACCUGCUGCGACUCUACGUGUCGCUGCCAAUGAUUCUAGAGCACUACAACAAGCUGGGCAGUGCAAGCAUGCCUUCAUAUGCCACAGCCCCACUCUGGUGCUUCAUUAACAUCACCAUGCGAAUUUUGAGUGCCGACCCACAACUCUUUUCCCCAAUCACGCAGUACGUUCCACUGCGAUGA